AUGGCGGACACAACGUCAUCGCCGGCCAAGCCCGUCCACACAAUUGUGCUGGACGCGGGUCCCAUCAUCAAGAAUACCCCGCCGCUGUCCACCUUGCUCGCCCAAUGCGAUGAGAUUAUUACCACCCCCUCUGUGGUGAACGAAAUUCGCGAUCCCGAUGCUCGCGCCCGAGUUGAGACCCUUUACCUGCCAUUCCUGAAGCGCCGAACUCCUACUCCGAACAGCUUCAAUGUGAUCAGCGAGUUUGCGCGCAAGACAGGUGACCGAUCUGUGCUGAGUCGAGUAGAUAUCGAGGUGCUGGCUCUUGCAUAUGAAAUCGAAUGUGAGCGCAAUGGAGGCGACUGGCGUCUCCGAAGUGUUCCCGGCCAAAAGCGGGUUAAUGGAAAGCCACCUGCGAAGGAGGAGGAGGAGAAGAAGGAAGAAAUCGAAUCUGGUGUGCAAGCCAUCACUGAGGGAGUCAAGGAGACCACUAUAAAUGAGACCACCGAGGAGUCCAAGCAGGAAGAGACUGCAUCUCCCCAAGAAGUUGGAGAUGCCGCAGAGAGUGCCACCGUCGAGGCUGCGACGGGCGAUGAUACCCCCGAGGAGAGCAAAGACGAAGACGAUGCCGAGGAGGAAGAUGACGCUGCCGAUUCUGACGGCGGAGAAUGGAUCACACCCUCCAACUACAAGAAGCGGCUGGCCGACGGAGAAGGAGGCGCAGCAGUUUUUGGAUCUGAACCGAAGACCAUGCAGGUUGCAACUAUGACCACCGAUUUUGCGUGCCAAAACGUUUUGCUGCAGAUGAACCUGAAUCUUCUGUCAACCACAACUCUCCAGAGAGUCCAGCACUUGAAGUCUUUCAUUAAGCGCUGCCACGCCUGUUUCCUCACCACCAAGGAAAUGAACAAGCAGUUCUGCCCUCGCUGCGGUAAAGACACUCUUACCCGUGUUUCGUGCACCACCACUGCCAAUGGUCAAUUUACCAUGCAUCUGAAGAAGAACAUGCAGUGGAACAACCGGGGCAACCGUUUCAGCGUCCCCAAGCCGAUUGCUGGCAGCUCUAACGGCAAGUGGAAGGGCGGCGGUGGAAAGGGCGGAUGGGGCACUGAGCUCAUCCUUGCUGAGGACCAGAAGGAGUUCACCCGAUCUACUACUGAAGAAGAGCGGCGCCAGCGCCGGGAGCGGGAUCUUAUGGACGAGGAUUACCUGCCCGGCAUCUUGACUGGUGAGCGCAACAAAUCCGGAGGCCGUAUCAAGGUUGGCGCCGGCCGGAACAUCAACUCGAGAAAGCGCUAA